AUGAUCCGCGUGAUCGGUGGUCCGCCUUCAUGGACGUAUGACUUCCCAGAUCUGCUCGCAACAUUGUCUGAGGUUGCCGAGGGCGCACUCCACGGCAAUGUCUUGUCGCUGCACUGCAAGUUGUAUCAGGCGUAUCUUCAUAUCGCUGGCGAUACCCUGGACGCCAAGAUGGGUGGUCUCGCCUUGUCACUAGGCGUCGCCACCUCUGUUCUUGUCAACCAUGCCACGGAGGAGAUAUCGCACAUUCUACCAAACGUUCUUGUUAGCGAAAUUAAAGGCGCAAUUGAUGGAGUGGGAAGUAGCGUGUUCGCGACGUUGACCGAGCAAGUUCGUGAUCAGGUCACCAACGCAGUUACGCAGAGUGUGGCCUCUUUGUUCUACCCGAAUUUGUUUGGUGCGGCGCUUGGUUUCCUCAUUGCCCUUCCUCUCAAAUUUGACAAGCUGGAUUUCACCGCGCUGCAAUAG